UUGGACAAUAAUUCUGCAAUCUGAUUGGUGUAUUAUAAUUAGGAAUAAAAUAUACUCACGUGAUCUGAAAAUGGCAGCCUACUGUAACUUUGAUUCUCUGAAUGUUUUAUUGAAGGCCUCGUCUAAAGAUAUAGUUAUCAGAUUAUGUAACGAAGCAGCAGUACAUUCUGGAACAAGAUUUUCUGCUACCAUCACAACAACUGCAGCUGACUGUUUAUCUGUCGACAAUAGAAAUGCUCAACAGGUUUUGCAGUCAUUGAAAUCACUCUUACAAGCAGCAAUAUUCCAAGGUUACACAAGUCCUACAGAGUUACAGACCCUGUUUCCAGGUAAUUUUCAUAAGAACCUUAGAGACCUACUCAUCAAGAUCAUUGUUGAUAAUAUUAACAGCUGGAAAACAUAUGCCAUAAAUAACCAAGUAUCUUUACCAAGAUUGGUUGAUUUUGAUUGGAGAGUAGAUGUGAAAACAGCAUCAGAUGCAAUUAGUCGGAUGUCUGUACCAACUUGUAUAUUACAGAUGCAGGUGCAAGAGAACUCGGACAAAGUUGGUCAAACAGCCGAUAUUUCCAAUAUUAAUGUAGAACUUUCUAAAGAGACCCUAGAUACGAUGUUAGAUGGACUUUCAAAAAUCAGAGACCAAUUAUCUUCAGUGGCUAAAAGAUGAUGGCAAAAUCAUUUAAAAUUGUUUAUAGUGUAUCAGUGGUAUUGUUCAAAGAUUGAAAUUUUGGAGAGCUAAUUUGAAAAUGAUUCUUUAGCAGCGAGGAACAUUUAUUGUCAAAUCCAAAAAAAAAAGUAACUCCAUCCAUUCAAUAGAACAAAAUUUAAGUUACUUGAAUGCAUAGAAAAUGGAUAAUAGUGCAAUAACAAGUAUACUGGAAAAGAGUUUUUUCUGUCUUUCUCAAUAGGAAUGAAGUCAGAUUUUUUUUAAAUUUUUGUAUUUUAUUUUCAGCAACUAAUUUCACAAAAAAUAUUAUGAGAAAAAACACUUGCAAGUCAUGAACACUUCAGUAUAACUUAUGAUCAAUUUUUGUUGUAAGAUAUUUUGUGAAGAGAGCUGCUGGAGUCUAGCAGGAAAAAGCUUUCCCUAAAUUUUAAUAGUAAAUACUCUUAGUUUGGUACUAUAGAAAAAUUAAAUGUAUAGUAUUAUUUACAUCAUGUAUUUAUGUAGUGCUGUGUAGAGAUUUGAAAACUUUUUAUGCAAUAAAUUCUAUAUUUAUAUAAA